AUGUCUGCACAUGCUUUCAUUGCUGAGAUCUUUUCGAGUGCUGGAGAGGGUCAGGAAGCGAUUUUGGAGGCUAUCCGGGGCGUAAAUAAACAAGUCAUCCAAAAUGAACCGAAUGCGAGCGUGUACUAUUGGUACACCCCAGAAGAGGCCAAUGGCGGGACAGCCAUCGGCCUGAGGACAUUCCUCAACCUUGUCGACACCAUUGGUAAAGCUUGUCCUGGAGAACCAAAACUCUCCAUUGAAAACCUUGCGCAGGUGGCAGGCUUUACAGAGCGUGAGGCACCACAAAGCGCAGGUUUGGUCGUCGUGGCGCGGUUUGUCGUUGAGUUAGAAAGUCAAGACCGAAUUUUGAAACUUCUCCAGAAGUAUGCUGGCUUUGUGCAGCAGUCUGAGCCAGAAACGCUCACAUUUGUUGUGUAUCAGAGUCGUGAAAGACCUGGGGAAAUAGUAGUGUUCCAGAGGUUUGUGUCUAGAUCGAGCUUCGAGCAACAGCACUCUCAGACGCCGGAGCCUAAGAAGUUAGAGAACGAUCCUUCAUCACACAUCAAAAACGCAGAUGUUCGCACAUACAAGGAGGCCGGUAUCGGUUUUCUGAAAAGGCAGUAA